AUGCAUCUGAUGCUAUUAUUGUUUGCCUCGUCAUCGGCGGUAAAGCUUAACAACAUCACCGACCUCUCGGCACUCCUAGCUAUCAAAGCCCAGGUCAUCGAACAUGAUCCGGGCAGCAUUCUAUCCACCAACUGGACCACUGAUGCCUCCUUUUGCACCUGGAUGGGUGUCUCCUGCAGCCAUCGAAGGCAACGAGUCACUGCUCUCAACAUUAGUGACAUGCUGCUCUACGGCACCAUCCCCCCUCUCAUCGCCAACCUUUCAUUUCUGUCUCUGCUCUCGCUUUCCAAUGACGGCUUAGUUGGACCCAUCCCUGAAGCUUUGGCUCAGCUGCCUCGACUGAAAGUACUCAUACUUGAGCAUAAUCAGCUUUCAGGUCCGAUACCUCCUGCCUUUUUCAACAUGUCAUCUCUCAUUGAGUUGGAUCUCGGGUUCAACGGUAUUUCAGGGACCUUGCCCUCCGAUAACAGCAGCUUUCAUCCACUUUUCCCUAAUAUUAUGGCUAUAAAUAGUAAUCAACUCACUGGGAGCUUGCCACAAAGCCUCUGUAGUAGUCGUACUCUUCAAUUUCUGAGCUUGGCUUAUAACCAGCUAACCGGAAGCAUACCGUCCGAGAUUGGAAAUAUGAAGCAACUUAAUACAUUGUAUCUUGGAGACAACCACCUAACAGGUACCAUACCGUCCUCUUUGGGUAACCUUACUAAUCUGUUUAAACUAAGCCUUGGCAACUGCGGCUUCCAUGGGAAUAUUCCUGAAGAGUUGGGUCGACUUACAAACCUUGAGGGGUUGCAGAUUUCUUUCUCUGGUGGUUUAACUGGUCCUAUACCUGUUUCCCUUUCUAACAUGUCUUCGCUCCGAAUCAUUGAUCUGCAAGAAAAUGACCUUGAUGGACCAGUGCGUUUGCAAUUUGGGAACAUGCUUGAACUUUCAUCCUUGUCUCUAGGAUUCAACAGGCUAACUGGAGGAUUGGACAUCCUUGCAUCACUGUCAAACUGUAACACUUUAGAUUCAGUCCAGGUUAAUGGAAAUGAGCUGGAUGGCAUUCUUCCACAUACUGUGGGUAAUCUCUCAAGAACCCUAAGAUUCUUUAAUAUUCACGAAAAUCACAUUAAGGGGAAAAUUCCUGUUGAGCUGGGCAACCUGUCCGGAUUAACCCAUCUGGUCUUGAACGAGAAUGAGCUAUUCGGAACGAUACCAUUUGAAAUCACAACCCUGGAAGGGCUGCAGCAAUUAGGUUUAACCAGCAACAGGAUAUAUGGCUCCAUCCCAAUUGAGCUCGGACGAUUAAGAAACUUGAACCAACUGUACCUCGACAACAACAGUAUUUCUGGAUCCAUACCUGACUCUAUUGGAAAUAUCACUGCACUCAACGAAUUGUUCAUUAAUACUAACGAAUUAUCUUCAGCAAUUCCUGAAAGUAUUUGGAGUUUGCCUCAUAUAGACGCAUUAGAUCUGUCGCAGAACCUUCUCACCGGAUUGCUUCCUUCAGCAUUGUGGAACAUCAGGGACUUAUAUGCAUUUGACGUAUCAGUAAAUCAGCUAUCAGGUAAACUUCCAAGCCCUUCAAAGUAUCCUGAAAUCAAUUAUUUGGAUCUAUCCAAUAACUCAUUCGACGGGCACAUUCCUGAAUCAUUUGGUAAUCUCAUUAACCUUGAUGUCUUGAACCUUUCUAGGAAUAAGCUCUCAGGUGUUAUACCUGAGUCCUUAGUCAAUCUCAAACAUCUCAGCGUCCUGAACUUAUCUUUCAACGAGUUGGAAGGAAAGGUUCCAAAUGGCGGUGCCUUUUUAAAUGUGAGUGUCGUGUCUUUGAAAGGAAAUGCAGCAUUAUGUGGAGCGCCCAGUUUAGGCUUUUCAUACUGUAAUCCAAUUGAUUCUACAAAUUCUAAUUCAGGGAAGCAUUUGCUAAGGUAUAUCCUUCCUAUUAUUGCUUCUAUUGGGAUCCUUCUCCUUGGAUUUUGCAUCGUAUUAAGAUCACAUAGAAGGAGAGCGAAGAAUCCAGCCUCUACUAGCAUACUCUCUCCUACUAACCAUAGAUUGAUCUCAUACUACGAGCUCGUUCGUACCACUAACAACUUUAGCGAAAUAAACUUGCUAGGAAGGGGGACCUUUGGUUCAGUGUAUAGAGGGCUCUUAGAUGACGGCCUUCUUGUUGCCAUAAAGGUCUUGAAUUUGGAAAUCAAAGGAGCCUCAAGGAGUUUUGAUGCUGAAUGCCGUGCUUUGAGAAUGGUCCGACACAGAAAUCUUGUUGGAAUCAUCAGCACUUGCGCUAACAAGGAUUUCAAGGCACUUGUACUCAAAUUCAUGCCCAAUGGAAGUCUGGAAAGAUGGCUAUACUCCCAUAAUUACUGCUUGAGCUUAUGUCAAAGGAUUGACAUCAUAAUCAAUGUAGAUUUAGCUAUUGAGUACCUUCAUCACCACCAUUCUGAGGUUAUACUACAUUGUGUGUGUGUGUUUUUGUUUGUGGGUGCGUGCGCGUAA